CACCUCCUCCAUAGCCCGCCCCGGCCUCGUCUAAGGCUGCUCUUCCUUGGGCGGUCAGAGAGCGGCAGUGUCUCCCCGUGCAGCGCGCGCUCUCUCCUUCCCUCCCUCCUCGCUCGCUAGCUAGCUCGCGCCCCACUGCUCUCGCCUCCGGCCCCAGCGCGGUGGCUCCGGGGAAGGCGGCGGCGGCGGCGGCGGCAGCAUCGGCAAUAUCGGCCCGGGCUACCCCUUUCUCCUGCCUACCUGACCGACCAGAGUCGCGGGUUCUCGAUGCAGCUUCCGCCCGCCUGAGGACCAGCAAUUCUAUAUUCAUAACCCUGCAUGUGUAUGGAAGGAUAAACAAUAUGAAACCUUGACAAAUUUGUCUUAACUUUAAAGAAAUUGGAACCUAACAUAAAUUGGGGUUGAUAUUAGUAUUUCAGAAUUACAUUACAGAAGAAUUCUUCAUUUUAAUAAAGCAAGAAUUGACACUAUGCUUCGUAAAACAAUCAACUGUAGUGAUUUCAAGCCUCAACCUUGGUUUCAGCAGGGUGAUAUCAGUUGUAUACAAAGGGCCCUGUUACUAUUGGAUUAUGCAAGCUAUUUGGCCCUGUUUCCUCUGAGAUAUGACUUAAAUAUCAUUCAACUUGAAUAAGAAAGGACCUGGUUUUUAGAAAGCAGAAUGCCAAGGAAAAGGAAAAAUGUUGGUGGAAGUCCUGCUAGGAAGUCUCUGAACACAGAGGAUGUUGCAUCCAAUAUUGCUCACCAUGAGGAGCUGACAACUCUGCCUACACCGCCUCAGCCAAAUGUUGACAAAGAGAAACUCUUAAACAGUUUGUCAGAGAUGUUUUCUGACCUGGAUCCUGAUGUAGUUUAUUUGAUGCUUUCAGAAUGUGAUUUCAAAGUUGAAAAUGCUAUGGAUUGUCUCUUAGAACUGUCCACUGGUGCCAAAGGAAUGCCAGCCUCUAAAAGCUUAAUAUUGGAGUCAGUUGCAACACCACUUGCUUUUGUUAAUCAGCAUCUUGCUGAAGGAAAUGAAAUGAAUGAAAAACAUCCUCAUAUAGAAGAUGAAGAUAGCUCUCAAGUAGCAGAUACAUUCUCUGAUAUGCGACUUACUGAAGACUUGGAUUCUUUAAUACAAAAUGCAUUUGAGAAAUUGAAUUAUGCUUCAAAUGACCAAGUGUCUACACAGUCACUUUUGCCUUUGGAACACAGUUUUGGUGGCACCGGUGACAGCAGAAGGAGUUUUCCUCUGCAAAAAUCAGAAAUGGACUCUGAAACAUUUGAAAAUUCUUCUGUAUUAAAUUCAGAACAUCUAACUUUACAUUCAGAUUUGAGCAAGUCCAGAAAUUGUAAAAAGGAUGCUAUAUGGUCUUUAACUAAUAAUAAUCCUAUGGAUGCCCAGCCUAAUAGCUUUUUCACUCAACCAAAUGAUUCUCUAGUGUUAUAUGUUAACCCCAGUCAAACUCAAAAUACACUUUCAGAUGCUCAGAAUUUUGGAUGCCAGCCUUCUCAAACCUGUGUACGUUUGGAUACAAAUGAAAUAAGGACUGCUGUCAAUCCUCUUGUACAGAUUUCAGACCCGACUGAAGAUAGAAUGGGCACAUGUGGUGAUCAGAAUAGUGUUUCUGUCCCUAAUUUGUUUACAUCAUCCAAAGGAUUUGCAUUCAAGCCACAAAAUCAUUCAGAACUACCAGCACAGGGAAGUGACUUCAGCUUUUGUCCUGGAAUAACCCCAUUGCCACCUCCUCCAGUGCUACCACAGACUUCCUGGAAUCCAAUGGCUUCUGCCUUUGAACCUUUCCAAGGGGUCCGUAGCUUCAUUGCUCCAGUUGCAGCCAGUCCUCAGCCUAUGAUACCUGUUUUUGACUACUGUGAACCCGGAAGAGUCUGUGCUUCUCUGCCACCCCCAGUUCUUUUUAGUGCCUGGGAUAGAAAUGCUUCACUGCCGAUGCCAGUGGCAUGGAGAAAUCAAGAUGGAAAUCCUUAUCAAGUACAAGAGCCUCCUGCUUCUCAUACUGUUCGAAGAAAAACCCCUUACAUAGGCCAAACACUUGUGCUACUCAGAGGGCUUCCAGGAUCUGGGAAAUCCUUUUUGGCAAGGAAAUUACUAGAGGAGAAUCCGAAUGGAAUUAUACUUAGUUCAGAUGAUUUUUUUUACAAAAAUGGACAGUAUCAAUUUGAUGGAAAUUUAUUGGGUGAAGCACAUGAGUGGAACCAGAGACGAGCUAAAGAAGCACUAGAGAAGAAGGUUUCUCCUGUAAUAAUAGAUAAUACAAACCUACAGGCAUGGGAGAUGAAGCCGUAUAUAAUUUUGUCACAAAAAUAUAAAUAUAAAAUUCACUUCCGGGAACCAGACACAUGGUGGAAAUUUAAACCAAAGGAGCUUGCAAGGCGCAACAUUCAUGGGGUAACCAAAGAGAAAAUAGUAAGAAUGUUGGAACACUACGAACGUUAUGUUUCUGUGACACACAUCCUCGAUUCUUCAGUUCCAGAUAAAGCAGAAAUUACUGAGUUAAGUGAACCUUCCCAAGAAGAUGAAAAUAUUAGCCCAAAAGACUUGGAUGAUUAUACUUGCGCAAAAGAAAAUGAUCUUUCCUCUUCUUUGAAGCAUCUUGAAUUAAGUGAAGAAAAACUGAAGUUGAAGACUAGUAUUUCUUCAUUUCAAGAAAAUAUGAAAUGUUUUCCUACAGUAGAUUUAGAAAAAGGAAAACAAGAAGUUAGUGAAAUUGAACCUUAUUUUCAGAAAACUGCCAUUCAGGAAUCUGGAGAGCAUGAAUUAGCAGAUUCUGAAAAUAAAGAAGUAUUAGAUGAAAAUAAGGCAGAGGAAGAAAAUGUAGAUGUCCCUACAGAAAGGCAAAGUAUUAAAACUGGUAAAUCCAGAUCUGAAGAAAAUAUCAUUGUAAAUGCUUCUUUUAAUGAAGGAAACCAUGACACCAACAGACUUCCAAAGACCGUCAAAGUCCAAAGUGAAAACUAUGUACAUAGUGAAAUAUCUGCUGACCCAGAAAUAGUAAAUGAAAAACAAGUCAGGACACACAACAAUUCAAUUUCCAAGAAAUCCUCCUCAAAGCAUGAAUUACUAAACUUUUUUGGUGACUGGCCAGUUGAGAAAACAAUGGGUCAGAGAAUCAAGAGGAAUAAAAAAACUGAAAAAAAUCCAUCCAUACAAUGUGACAGAAAGCGUAAUACUCUUGAAUCAUGCAUGGAAACGGACAGUACUAUGCAUGUAGACACAGCUUGUGUCCAGCAACAAGAACCAUCAGAAAAAAGUGGAGAUCUCAAGAAUGCACACUAUAAUGAGGCUCUAGAAACCUUGAGCAGUUGCACUGAGCAUAAUGCAUAUCAAGAUGGUGGGAAGAAUAUGUCAGAAGUACUUGAUAUGAGAGAUUGGCCUUUAUCAGAUUCCUUAACUCCGAGAGAACAGAAAACAAGAAUGCCAAAAACAGAUUUCAGUGAAGCUCAUUUAGAGUCUGACUGUGGUCCGAGUAUGAAUGAAGCAUCUUUAAAAAUAGCAGAUGUGCUCUAUGGUGUCUUUGCAAGUCAUGAAGACCAGAGAAAUCUAGAUAACUCAACUCAUGAAAAACCUGAGAUUUUAUUCUCAGAGAAUGAGAAAAAUCCUGAACCCCAAUUAUCUCUUACCUUUACCUGCAGUGAUUCCACUCUUUCCCGAGUAAUGGAGCCAAAAGUUGAACCUGAAUUUUCAGAAGGGAAGCCUGAAGAAUUAUCUUUUCUAGAUAUAAAUAAAUGUUCACAAACUGAACCACAAGAUUUUGCUCUUUUGUGGAAAAUAGAAAAAAAGAAAAUCAGCAUUUCUGAUUCGAUCAGAGUAUUAACAGGAAAAUUAGAUGGGUUUAAGCCAAAAGAUUUUAAUACGAAUAUUAGAUCAGAUAUUCAAGAAAUAAUUCCAUAUAGGGUAAUGUAUGAUAAAAGUACUUAUGUAGAAGAAAGUGAACUUACUAAUGCUGAUGAGUCUGAAAACCUAAAUACUCUUUGUAAGAUUUUUGGUUCUUUUUCAUCUGAAGCAUUGAAAGACUUGUAUGAGAGGUGCAACAAAGACAUUAUUUGGGCAACAAGUCUUUUGUUGGAUUCUGAAACAAAGUUAUGUGAAGAGAAUGAGGAGAAAAGUUUACCAGAAUCAGAUGAUAACACACAAAUUGAGCAAUUUGAUGUAAGUGCAUAUUUGAAGGAGAUUAUUAGCCAUGGAGAGGCUUCCAGUUCCGGUAUACCAAAAAAUGGCCAUGGAAGUUGCAUGGAUCAUGUUGAUACACAGCUUAGCUGUGAUGAAGAAAGUAAAAGCACUGGAAAAGCAGACAUAAAAGAUAUAAAUACUGAAAAAUCAGAAUUAGUAACAAGUAUUUUAUCCAGUAUUGUUAGAGAAGUAAGACACACCAAUGAAUUGCCUUCUAGCAGCAGUCAGACAAAACUUUGUGAUUCUGAUAACAUUGAACAGUCAUUUUCAGAUAUUUCAAAAAAUGCCUUAAAUGAUAUAAACCUGAAAAAUCUGAAUGAAAUAGAUGAGGAAUCUUUAGCUACAGAGUUUGGUUCAUGUUCUCCACAGGUUUUGCCUGAUAUUUUCAAAACCACAUCUGAUAUAUUAAAUGAAGAAACUGGCAUUAUUGAAUCUUUUGAAGGAAAGAAAAAUGAAAAUCUUAUAAAAACUGAUAAGAAAUUUCAAGUGCUUACAGAGGGAUUUGUUAAGGAGGAUAAGCCGGAAAUGGAAAACGUACGUGCCAAAUCACCAGCCAAUUUGGCAGGAGGAGUAAUUGAGGAAAGUAAAGUACCUUACUGUGAAGUAGACAGAGCUGAGGUUUUGAAUUCUACAACAACUAAACCUAAACCUAUGAAUAUAGACUGUCUGGAGUUGGCAUUACCUCCAGAAUUGGCCUUUCAGCUUAGUGAAUUAUUUGGGCCUGUUGGCAUUGAUUCAGGGUCUCUAACAGUUGAGGAUUGUGUGGUUCAUAUAGAUCUGAAUCUGGCUAAAGUGAUUCAUGAGAAAUGGAAAGAAUCUAUUAUGGAACGACAAAGACAAGAUGAAGUAUCACGUAUUCUGCAUGCCAAAGAUACUUCCAUUGUUGGCCAUUCAAAUCCUGAUACUCCUGAACAAAAAUCAUCUCAAAGAACAGGCAAAAAAAUGCUGAAGUGUCAAAACCCAUCUGAAAUGCAACCCUUCAUGGAUCAUUGGAAUACUCAGACUAAGAAAGUUUCACUCAGAGAAAUAAUGUCCGAAGAGAUUGCCUUACAGGAAAAACAUGAAAUGAAACAGGUACCACUUGUGUUUGAAAAAAAUUGUGCUGCAAAGCUGAAGGAGAAACAACUCUUGAAGAUGUUCCCAACCAUUAACCAAAACUUUCUGAUGGAUAUCUUCAAGGAUAACAACUACUGUUUAGAACAGACAGUACAAUUUCUGAAUUGUGUCCUUGAAGCAGAUCCUGUAAAAACUGUUGUAGCCCAAGAAUUUGUUCAUCAAAAUGAAACUGCUUCUUCUUACAAUACACAGAAGUCUAAAGAGAAGAAGACAAAGAAAUCCAAAGAGACAGAAGAUAUACCAAGUGAUCCAUCUUUCCAGGAUUUUGAGUACCCCAAGUAUGAUGACUACAGGGCAGAGGCUGUCCUUCACCAGCAAAAGAGAUUGGAAUGUUAUAGCAAGGCUAAAGAAGCUUAUCGAAUGGGGAAAAAAAAUGUUGCCACAUUUUAUGCACAGCAGGGUAGUCUCCAUGAGGAGAAGAUGCGAGAAGCCAACCAUCUUGCUGCUGUGGAAAUAUUUGAGAAAGUUAAUGCUUCCUUGCUACCACAGAAUGUUUUGGACCUUCAUGGACUGCAUGUAGAUGAAGCCAUAAAUCAUUUAAUAACUGUUUUGCAACGAAAAACUGAAGAGUAUAAGCAGAAUGGUGGUAAACCAUAUCUCUCUGUGAUUACGGGAAGAGGAAACCAUAGCCAGGGAGGAGUUGCUCGAAUCAAACCAGCAGUCAUUAAAUACCUCACAAGCCACAACUUCAGGUUCUCUGAAAUUAAACCAGGGUGCUUGAAAGUUAUGCUGAAGUAAAACAGCAUAGAUGUGACUGAUUUUUUUGUUGUAGUUGUUAAAACUUGUACUGAAACAUUUACAGCAAUUCAAGUUGACUUUACUGUUAUAGAAAUGUUUCCUUGGAAUAAUUUCCACUUUUACAGCUAAAUAAUUUGUGAUGUUUUUCAGAACUUGAAAGAAUCUUACUUUUUUACUAAGACUAAUGCCAAAUAUGUUGCCUAUCAAAGAUUUUAAAAAAUACAGCAUCCUUAUUGAUUACAGAAUUUUAAAGAAAGCUAUAAUUACCAUCUAACAGUUUGAUGUUCCCCAAUUCUUCCUUCAGAUAGGAAAUAAACGUUUUGUAUUGCUAUUUUAACAUUUACAUAAUACCUAUAGACUUUCAGGUAGUAUGGGAAAUACUGGAAGAUACAGUUCCUGCCCAUGAAAGUCUUGUUUAAAAAAAAAGCAAACCUAUUUGAAUAUGACACACAAGUCAAACAUUCUAUUUGUCAUCAUUGUGUCCUGCCAUAUACCAAAAGGGAUAAAAGGGACUACUGGGAUUUUUCCCCCCCCUGACUUGUGAGAUCUCUCUUUCUUGCCUUUUUCCUGUGUGUGCCAUGAAUGAAGAGAGAGUGGUUAGAUAGACACGUAGAUAGGUUAGACGUUAUGUCUCGGUUAUGUCCCCUCCCCAUGAGUCUUAUUCAUACUCUCCUCUGCACCUUUUCUAAUAAGGCAAGAAUGUUUAAAGAAAUGUUUAGACAGAACAUGUUAUUGGGAUAUAUUCUUUGUUACUUAAAUAAAACUGGCCUGUUAAAUAGUAUUAAGUAUCUUCAUUUAUAGUUAAUAUGGGUAAUGUCAAAAUUGUAGUAGGUUGAAAUCCUGUUAUCCAGUAUAAAUUUAGAAAAAACAUUAACUCUCAACGACUUAAAAGCAAACCUUAUAGUUAAAGUUUUAGCCAUAUUAAACAUAAUUCUCAAUAUUUUCUCAAAGGAAAAUUCCAUAGAUUUGCUCUGCUCAAUGGACUAGCUGUACAUACAUACUUUUGUUUCUUUAUAAUUAUUUUCCAUUAUGCUACUUGACAGUUUUGAGCUGAGAGAAUUUAAAGGUAAUUUUCCUUUUGGGAUUUCUUCCCCAUCUUAACAUCUUUUAAAAAAUUAUUAUAAUAUAAUAAAUAGGUUUGUUAUUGUUUUAAAAAUAUAGAUACACUUAUAUUUUUGGGGAAAGAGAAUUUGACUCUAAAAGGUAGGACAUUUUCCAUGUUUAUUUAGCAAAUUAAUUUUUUAGCUUGAAAUAUUAGAUCAGUAAUUCAGGAAUCAGCUUUCAGGUACUACUUUAAGAAAUUCCCAAAAUUUAUAAUUAUAUCUACAAAAAGAAGAUACAUUUUAAUAAAAACAGAUCCCAGGAACAUCUCAAAGUAUUUUUUUAGAAAAAAAAAUACAGGUACUAUGAAUGCAUGCUUUUUAAAAGGAAACCCUUAUUUGUGAAGUAUUUUCAGGAAAAAAAAAUCCGAAUUUGUGUACAAUAUCAGAAACAUUUUUAGUAGUUGCCGCUAAAGUAUUUUUCACAUGAUUACAUUUUAAACAGUUUUAUAAUUUGUUAAAGUCUAAGGAGAUAUUGCUAAUUUAGCUUAUGGUCUUUGUUCUUUGUAAAAAUCUGUAUGUAUAAAAAUAAAACCUAGCUUUUUCCACAUUACUGCAAAAGUGUGAUUGUUAACGAAAGCAACAAAAUAUGUAGGUUAAUAAGAAAGUUUAAGAGGUGUCUUAAAUUGCUUAAUUAAGACAUAUUAAUAGAGCCAACUGAGUACUGGAGCAUAUACAAUUUUCUACUCAGUUCCUCUUUUUUUAUAUUAGGAGACCCAAUGAUAAAAUAACUUAGUUGGUCACUUGAAUUGGAAUUAUUUCACUAUGCCUUCACCAUGCUUAGGGGUGUAGACAAAAUGAUUUAAAGACCAUGUAAUAUAUUGAAGUAAAAACCAAAUUGUUGGUAUCUUGGGUUGUAAAUCAGCAGCUUGAAUCAAAUACCUUAUUUUUGGAAAAGAUAAUGGUUUUUAUUUUCAUGAUUAUUAAAAAUGCACCAUGAAAUUUUUAAUCAUUGGUGGUUUAUCCAUAAAAAAAAAGUUCUGAUUCCAAACUUCUCCUGCCUCCCCAAUUCGCUCCCUGGCACACUUCUGAACAACCUCUUUUUCUUACAGUUGGUGUGUGCUUAGGAAACAUAAAUUAAUUAACUUGAGCAAAACAUAAUCAGGAAAGGAAAGCAUUACUUCCCCUCCAAGUCAUAAUUUGCAUGCCAAAGAGAAUCAGUUUGGGGAACAUCUACUUUUUGUGUGUGUUGGUUUAUCUGUGCCACAAUUCACUGAGUAUCUUAAAAACUUCAUUUUAUGUUUGGUUACAUUAUGAAGAUUUCAUCAUUGAUUAUGUACCUUGAGUAAAAUUGUAGAAAUUAUUUUUUAAAAGUAGAAAUAAUUGGCAGGAUAUUUUAGGGUAUUUACUUUGCUGUUUUUUCCCCAAAUGAGAAAUGAUAGCAUGUUUUAUCAGGAUUUUCCACCAUUGCAUGUUUGCCUACCUAUCAAUUGUUUUUAAAGCUUUUCCUUGCUGUUAAGUUCAUUGCUCAGGUUGGUAGAAUUAUAAUUUAAAAAAAAAUACAGUUUGUAUAGAUUGUGUAAGCAUGCAUCAUAAAGAGUGUAAAACAUUCUGAAGGCAUAGUUUGUUAUUUCUUUCUGAUAGUUUUUUUUGAAUUCAAGUCUUUUCUAUGGUUGGCAAAAGGACACUUGCCACAAGCAAUGGUAGCAAAUUUUUGAGAUGGUGGAAACUGGAAACCUUUGAAACUCAGGAAAUUGCUCCGACAAUGUUCUGCAUGAUCUAUACUUAUGAAAGUGACCACAAAAAUAUGGUAUGCUGUUUCCUAUGUGCUUUUCAUUGAAUAUGGUUCUUGUGCAUUAACCAUCUAUUUUGCUUUGUGAUGGGGGUGAAAUUUAUUAACUAUUGUACAGUAGCAUAAUUUUUGUUCAUCUUUAUUUACAUGGUGAAAAAAUAGAACUAAAUGUUGGUAUGGUAAAAAGUGUCAUAAAAGCUCUAAUAAGAGUCCACAUAGUCUAUGUUAAUGGUGCUUAUAUAUCCUUUAAAUGUAAUUCAGGUUCACAGAGUAUUAACCAGAAUUAAUGAAGAACAAGACGAGAACCACAUCAGUAUCUUGAAGCCUUUUUAUGCCUUCAUGUUGAUGCCAAGUUUUGUUUUUAAAUCUUCUAAACAUGAACUUUGGGUUCUGUGUCAAGUAAUGAGCCUGAUAUUGAUGAGUAAUUGAAAUAACUGUGAAAAUCCUCAUUGAAAUACAACAUUGCAGCUAAGGUUAUAACGAUCAGUUCAUGGAAAACAUAUUUAAUUUUUCAGACAGUAUAUCAGAAACUGUAUUAUAGAGAAAAGUGUAAUUUUGUUGUUAACUAUGUAAUUUUUUUAUUGAAAGACUUUUAUAAUUUUGCUUUUAAAAUUUCUAUUGAAAAGAAUUUGCAAAUUGUACAUCUAGUUUAAUAAAGUACUUUAAGCACAAA